CGCCAUCAUGGCAGCACCAGGAAGCACGGCCAAUGGGGUGCUUGUGUUCAUGCCCCCAAACAGCGCUGGCAUCAUCCACCAAGGCCAGGGGGUCUCUGGUGCCAUUUCCCAGACUCCUGAGAUGGUGCAAUGUGGGCCUCAGCAGUUCAGGAUCAUGAACCCUGGGAACCAACCUCUUGGGUCAGUGUACCCUGGGAGUCCCGCUGAACAGGUCACACAGCUGAGGCAAAUGGGGAUGACGGAGAGAUUCCUCAAAGCACAGUCUAAGACCCUGGGGGCCAUCCAGAUCCUGAUUGGGCUGAUGCACAUUGGCUUUGGGGGUCUCUCUGCAGCUUUCAUCCAAACCUACAUUCCCAUCUCUUUUAUGGGAGGGUACCCCUUCUGGGGAGGACUUUCUUUCGUCAUUUCUGGAUCCCUCUCCAUUGCAGCUGAGAAUCAUCAAAAUACCUGUCCAGUGAGAGGCAGCCUGGGAAUGAACAUCAUUAGCGCCAUCUUCUCAGCCAUUGGGAUCAUUCUCUUUCUAACAGAGCUGAUUAUUAAUGCAAAUUACAGCUCUUCUGGGUUGCAUCCUCUGUGGUUUUGUGCUCUCCAGGUUGCCGCGAAGGGGAUCGCAGUCUUGCUGCUCUUGUUCACCAUCCUGGAGUUCUCCAUCGCUGUCUCAACCUCGUACUUUGCGUGCCUAGCCAUCUGCUAUACCCCUAACACCGCCAUGUUGUUCAGGCCAUAUGUUGCCAAUGCAAACUUUGGGGUUCCUUCUGCACAAAUGGCCUCUCCAGCACCUCCCACCAAUGUGGCUUAGACCCCAAAGACAAGACUGAGUAAUGGGCUUCAUAACGAACUCCUACGAGAGAUUGCUCCACCAGUGGCUCCUAUUGAGAAGUAAAAUCAAAUUUAAAUGAAUUACACAAAGUUCUAUAUUAAUAUGCCUAGUAAGGAAUCUAUUUGUCAAACA